AUUUCUGCAGACGAUCAGCUGUUCAUUUCACAUGUUUUCUGCUUAUACCCGUACAAUAAAAUAAAUCCGUAACAUCCGUUGUAUUAUAGUAUUCCUAGUAUUUACUACUUACUAUUCCUAAUACUUUUAAAAAUGAACUAGUAUCCAACACAAACUGACGUGGCGACGCCGGUAUCGUGAACAGGAGCGCUCUCUACGGCAAUUAUUAACGUUCUGAUAAUAGCAACGUGGUGAUGGCGGGACCAAAUGUGCUGACGCCCGUAUACGACUCGAACGUGUUGAUGAAAGCCGAGGGCCUUGAGCUCUUCCGUGAUAUUGCCGGAGAGCUGCACGGCAACCUGCCGGCGUCCGUCGUUUUCAUGGUGCCGCACAUCGUCCUCAUGGAGCUGCAGUACAAAAACGACGGCAGUCCCGAGACCAUCCGUGCUGCCGGCGCCGCCUACAAUUACCUCACGGCACCGGGGCGUCCAGCGCGCGUCCGCAUCCAGAGCCAUCAUACUUCGAAGGAACUGGAAAACGCCUUCUAUCCAGACUACGGACCGGACCGGACCGGCUUAUUCUGUCAAUCGCUCAACGGGCUGAAAGAGGCGCGUACAUUGCAACCGUAUAAUAUCCGGCAUCCGCUGGGCGACGACUACCACACGUGGCGCGUGUGGAUACGGUGGAGGCGGAGCCGGCGUGCGAGCAGUGCGGAUGCGGUAUCAGCGCCUGGCAUCGCGUGCAGUGCGAGGAGCAGCUUCAGUCAUAUGGAAUCAAACUGUUCCUUGGCGGUGUUGCCGUUGGCGUCGUGGGCCUCUUCUUCUUGAUAACCGCGGUGAUGAAUGCGCAUGCGGCGGAAACCAAGACACAACGUUAUUGGCGCGCAGUCGGAGCUUUUAGCACGCGUACGGGCGAGCUAACAAUAAGUAUAAUAACUGUAUAAUAAGUAUAAGUAUAAGUAUAAGUAUAAGUAUAAGUAUAAGUAUAAGUAUAAGUAUAAGUAUAAGUAUACCCGAAUAUUAUAGGUUUUUUUGUUCCGCGUAUGGAGAAGCCACAACGCUGUUCUGCGUUUCCCCUAGCACUGGAAUCACCCUUUCGUCGGACAGUGGUGGGCAGCAGGGCGACCCCAGUGCUCCUAUGUUGUAUGGUUUACUAACUUUGGCGCCUUGUUCACUUUUAAAAACGCUCAUUAAUCUGUGGUACCUAGACGACGGUGUCAGUGCAGGUAACCCGCCAACAGUUCGCGACGCAUUGUUGGAACUCCGCGGAGCGGCCGCUGAAAUUGGUCUGGAACUAAACACGAAGAAAUGCGAACUGUACAUAGACGGGGGUAGUGCCAACGAGCGCGCGGAAGUGGUCCGGAUGUUUAUGGACGUGGCACCGGAUAUACGCGUCGUCACGCCGGACAAGCUAGAGCUGCUGGGAUCUUCUCUAUUACCGGAAGCAGUUGUGGGCGCGUUGAUGAAGAAGGUCGGUCAAGCACAAGUGCUGGCCGACCAGCUCGGUACAUUGCCUACACAUCAAGCCUUAUUUUUGUUAAAAAACUACUUGUCGCUGCCCAAGUUGUUAUACCUUCUUAGGACUGCAGAAUGUUGGCAAUACCCGGAAGCGCUACAGAAGUUUGAUGAAACGAUACGGACCAAGGCGGAACAGCUGACAAAUGUCGCAAUGACUGAUACGGUAUGGGAGCAAGCUGCGCUACCUACGAAGUUCGGCGGGCUGGGUUUGGUGAAAGCAGCAGAUGUGGCGCUCGCUGCUUAUGCCUCAUCGUUGCACGGAGUUGCCGACGUGGUGUACAGUAUUGUCCGCAGUAACUCUAUCCGAGAAAAAUGUACGCGCCUUACAGAAGUAUGGACGAGUCGCUACACGACCGAAGCCCCCAGAACCGAAAACCGCCGCUUUCAGUCAGCUUGGACAGCAGUACAGCACACUAGAACUGCGACCCGCAUGGUGGAGAACGCCGACGUAAUUACCCGCGCUCGUCUGUUGGCUGCAUCCUCAUCGGAAUCCCGUGCAUGGUUAGCUGCAUUAUCUGUCUCGAUUUUUGGUAACAUGUUGGAGGACGCCCAUUUACGCAUAGCUGUGGCUCGACGAUUGGGAGCACCGGUAUGCCAACCGCACGUAUGUCGCUGCGGAUCCACAGUGGAUAGUCUCGGCCACCACGGCCUGGUGUGUAAGCUGGCAAAAGGAAGACAUGGCACUCAUGCCGUGUUGAACUGUAACGGGGGAUUCCUGUCUCAUGUAUUAGUAUGUACGAGUAUGUGCUUGGUUGUCCCGCCUCUUGUAUUUCCUGUUCCUGUACGAGCGGUUCUGUAUAUAUAGCGUUGUAUUUCCUGUGGUAUCUUCAGUCGUUGGGUUAGCAAUAUU